GGAACGCAUGCGUUUCACGUACAGCCGCGUGUGGUAAUCUGUGGUUUGCUGCCAAUUAUUUCUAUUUGGAGAAUAAUAAUCACGGAAGACAUUCUAUAUUCAAAAUGCAUUCCGGUCUGUUGGCGUGGGAGUGUAUAGUGUUUGCUGUAUUUAUCUGUGCUUCAUCUUGUGUGCCUCUGUGGAAGAGACGCAGGGACACUAAAGAUGCUGGAGGGAACGCCAAACAGGCGUAUAUCUUUGCUGGCGGCGGUGUAUCUUUAUUGGUGAUGAUACUGUCUGUUGCGAGAGGAACUCUUGGGGUCCGAUCGUUUUUGGGAUUCCCAUCAGAGCUGGUGUACCGAGGGUCUGCAAUGUGGGAGACGCUGUACGGCGUCGUCUUAGCAUUCCCGUUGGUUUGCUUCCUCUUCGUGCCAGUUUAUUACAGGCUGCAUACAAACUCCGUUUAUGAGUAUUUACAGAUGAGAUUCGACUCGAUAUGGGUCAGACGGAUCGCCUCAGCCACUUUCAUCGUCAGACAACUGCUGAACUUGUCUGUCACUGUGUACACUCCGACUGUGGCUCUUCACGCCGUGUUAGCAUUACCACACUGGGCAUCAGCUGCCAUGCUGACUGCAGUGGCCAUAGUCUUUAACCUGCUAGGAGGUCUAGCAGCUGCUAUCAGAGCUGAUGUCAUACAAACAACAACAAUGGUUCUCCUUGUUUUAAUGUUUUAUUAUUCCGUCAAAUUUACUGGAGACCCAACAGUGAGGGUUGAUACGCUAUCAGCUUUCAUCGGCCAGCUCUUCAUGUCUGUAUCUAUAUAUGGCUGCCAGCAGACCUUCGUCCAAAGAUACUGCUCCUUAUCCAGUGAGUCCAAAGUGAGGAGAAUGCUCCUGGCCAAUGUGCCAGCAGUCAGCGUGUUAUUCAGUUUGUCUUGGAUAGUCGGCAUGGUGCUUUAUGCUGUAUACCAGUAUUGUGAUCCUCUGGCUUCAGGGAGCAUUGCGGCUCCAGAUGAAGUGCUACCAUUUUAUGUUCAAGACCAGUUCUCCUUUUUACCUGGGAUGCUGGGACUGUUUUUGGGCAGUCUCUUCAAUGGUGCUCUAAGUUUCCUGGUUUCAAAUGUGAACUCCUUAGCGACAGUAACGUGGGAGGACUUUGUAUCUGCUGCACCGGCGUUCAAGGGCACCUCAGACAAACAACACCUGACAGUCAUCAAGAUCAUUGGAAUUAUAUAUGCAAUACUCAUCAUGUGCUUGUCCCUCUGCGUUGGAAUAGUCGGAGGCGUCAUUGAAGGAUCACUUCUUGUGACAUCUGCGACGUCGGGAGCUCUUCUGGGCGUGUUUAUAUUAGCCACUAUGUGCCCAAUGGCAAAUGGCAAAGGAGCUCUGAUCGGGAUGCUGGCAUCUCAUUUUAUAACAACUUGGAUGGCUGCUGGAAGGCUGAUAUAUGUUGAUAAGAGCGUCGCUAUGCUACCAGUAUCUGUUGAGAACUGCACCAAUUCUACUAAGAACUUGUACAACGUCAAACCUCUGCCUAUUGGAGUGAAUGAAACAUUAAUGCAACUGGCGCCUCUGUUUCAAGCUAUGAAUCACACUAACCCCAUCAAGAAACAAGCGGAAUCUACGAUAAGCUCCGGUCUGCACACCAUGUAUUCGAUAUCUUACAUGUGGUAUGCAGUUAUUGGUACACUUACAUGCGUAACACUCGGCAUUAUAAUCGGCUAUAUCACAGGCAAAGAUUCAGAAAUAUACGACGAGCGUCUCCUACACCCGUUAGUGCUAAAACUAUCCAGAAAAAUGCCGGGACGCAAACGCCAAUUCACAAACGAUAAAGCAGAGAAGGUUCCAGAACAGAAAGACUCAUCAGAACACACAGAUGACACAACCGUUGAGACUGUUAAUGAAGAAACGAAGGAUGUGAAAGCAAGUCCUAUAAAUUUAAAUAAUAGUAGACUCUUCGAUGCGUACGAAACUAGAACGCCUUCUCCAAUACCUGAGAGAACGAAGUUGUGAUUUUGCACUGACAAUUUAGUUUUAACGUUGCCAUUUUCAGGCUGUGUAUGAUAUUAGAUAGAUUAGAAAUAUUAAUUUAAUAGGAUGUUUAAAGAAUGGUUGCGAUGAUGGAUCUAAAUGGAUGCUUUUCAUAUGAAAUUUUGAUAUAUUUUUUAUUUCAGUGCCGUCUGUAUUAAAUGUCGUAUAAUUAUGGCUAACUUUAUUUAUAUAUAUUUUUAUACGAUAAUGAAAUGGUGCACCUGCCUGCGAUAACGGUUUACGCCGGCGGGGCACCAGUGGAGGAUAAUAAUAUGAACAUGAGGUCGGAUCAGUUAGUCCAUCGUGAUAAAUUCACCUAGAAUCACGAUGGUUUUCAGGAGGAACCGCGCGUCAAUCUGAUAUGGUAUUAUACAUUGCUAACAAUGGGGUCAAGAGCCCCCAUUACUAACAAUACCAGGAAGAUUAUUGUUAGUAACUAAUUUAACUUUAUUUAUAUUGUUAAC